AUGCCUGGAUCUCCGCUCCCCCCAAGCGAGCAACACCCCCGCGCCUUCCCCCUCGCCUCCCGCGAUCCAUACCGCGGAAACCCCGGUUCGCCGCCAGUGCUGGCUGAGGCGUCGCCGCUAGUCCCGCUCUCCCCGCCGGCAUCCAUGGCGUUCUGCCUCCCCUUGGUGGGCCCCACUUGCCCUUGCAGAAGCCAGCCCAGGAGGGGUCCCGGGGAGCCAGGUCCCAGCCCUGCUCCGAGCCGUCUCGGCGCUGGCUGGGCCCGCGGCUUCCUCGUCGACAUCACUCGUGUAGCGCCGGAGGCGGCGCCGUUCGGGGGCCUCGGAGUCUCUCCCUCAGCCUGGACGUGCUCCUGCCUCCUUGAGGCCGCGGCAGCAGCAGGCAUUCCGACGUUCGCAGCGGCAGCCGUCGCGCCUUCCGCCGUUGGGGCGUCGCCUCGCACCCCAGUCGCAGCAGACACCGCCGCCGCCAGCACGGCCGGCGACACCGGCGCCGCCCGCGGGGUGGCAGAGGGCGAAACUGAGCUGGCGUCAAAGGCAGCGGCAGAGGCGCCAGCAGACACCAGGACCGCAGGCACUCCAGCAGCCGCGACUCCAGACUCCUCACCAGCCGCCACCGCGGGCGGCGCAGCCGCCUCCAGCUCAAUCUCCGCUCCGUCGGUUUCCUUUGCCCCUCCAUCCGCAGCAGCAUCGCUCCUCGGUGUACCAUGUUCCUCCGUCCCCUCCUCCGCCCGCUCAGUGACGCCUCCUGCCCCGCCGCCCCCUCAAGCCGUGGUUCCUGGUCAGCCUCCAACUCUCGUCGAGCAGCGCGUGAUGCACGUGGGGACUUGCUUGACGCUCUUGUCGUACGUGCUAGACCAGCUUCACGUGACUCUGGUGCAACAGGAGGUGCAGAUCGGGGCAAUGCAGCCAGCGGAGCAGACGGCGGCAGUGGCGGCAGCGGAGGAGUUGCAGCAUUACCUCCCGCUGAUUGGCUUUGUGCCGGGCUCCCCCGGGGCUGCCCUCGGGCCCGGCCCUGGAGCUUUGGCACGGCUUGCCGAGUCUGCCCAGGAGGACCCUCUCGACCUUGUAGCCGCUGCCGCGUCCGUCCUACGCUGGUUGGACGGGCGGCUUUGCUGGAUCCUGGUUUAG